UUCGACUAUAAAGGCUGAAAGAAAUGAAUUGCCCCUUCUUAUUCUUCCCCCCAUGUCCUCCUCUAACACGGCUUUUUCUGUUCUCUCGGUGCUCCUUUUCCUUCUUGUCCUUGUUCCUACUCCGUCCCAUGCCCACCCGUGGAAUCUCGGCACCCUCUUCUUCAUCUUUUGGUUGGCUUCUAGCCUGUUAAUUCUUUUCGUCGACUCUGUUGGCACAACUGCCCACAACUGGUGUGAUUUUAGCCUGCGUCUUCUGGCUGCUUCAUCCGUGGGCAUACCCACUUCUCUCAUGACCAUUACUCGUCGUAUCUGGUGCAUCUCCCAACUCAAUGGCCCACUAUCGUCGUCACAGAUGACCCUCAGUGCUAUAUUGGAUGUCUUCCUCUGUGUCACAAUACCUGUCGCCGGCACCCUCACGCAGUAUGCCGCACAAGCGCAUCGAUUCGACGUCUUCCUCGACGCUGGCUGUCUACCAUUCACUUAUGAUGUCACCCUUUCCAUCACGUUCGUCAACGUGCCCAGCCUCACUCUUUCCAUCAUUGCCGUCGGGUUUUCUGUUGCCUCUCUCGGUGCAUACAAAUAUCUCAGACCUGUUUCUCACAAAUACUCCCCUCUCGCCGAUCCAUCAUUCCCAGCACUUUCCUCCCAGCGCUACAUCCGACUUCUUGUCCUUUCUGUCGUCGUGUCUGUUUUGAAUACCGCGUACCAUAUCACAAUGAUUGUCCUUCAAGCCACCGAGCGACGAAUCGAGGCUCAUCUUGAGGGUAUCAGUGAUUCCGAGCGUUCAAUUCUGAAAACGUAUUCUGCCUCUGUCUGGCACUCCGUACCUCGUACGGCGUUCGGUGUCGAGGGCGACAGGUGGAUGUUUCUCAUUAUUGGGCUAGCUUUCCUCGCUCUCAUUGGUACGGGAGAAGACGUGAGGAAACACUAUCGUCGUCUCUUCGCCCCCAUUCCGAAAUUAAAUCUCGAGUUGAAAUUACCCUUUGCCAAGAGGAACCAGACUACCCCAAAGCCUGAAAAGAUAGGGCUACACACUAUGGCAACGAUCCUUCGGCCGUCCAGAAGGACGCUUGUAUUUCAGUACGACAACAUGUCUUUCAAGGACGUCGGUGGAUUGUUGCUAGAUGUCGAGGAGGCGCCUGUGCUCCCGGCGACAGAGACAGGGGUCAUGAAGCUGAGUCCACCGCCAAAAGCGCGAACAUACGACCGCGCUCUACCAUCACCUAAGCCCCUCGUCGACCCAGACUUUCGGGCGCCAACGUUUGUUCUCCCUUCAGAUUCCUUCCUUGAGCUAGCGAGUCCCAAGGAGCCGAAUCAGCUCCUCUGAUGGCUUGUUAAAUAAUUCGUUCAUUCGUACUCACUACACAGAUACAUAAGGGGGAUGAAUCAUUAUUAUAAUAUGUAUUUAUUGGAGUGCUGUAUCGCCGAGACUCAUCGCUAUUUAAGCUGUACGCUUGCCGCC